AUGGAAGACCCUCUUAUUCAAGCACUGCCUCCGGCUACGGACUACCUAACUUAUCUUACUCUGUUGGAGUAUCAGUUAACCCCAGAACGUCUGCCGCUUUUGCACACUCUCCUGCAAGAUGAGAAGCUUACGACGAACAUCGGCUGGGAUUUAGUCAAGCUGCUCCUGCCCAUGCUACCAGCGUCCACAGAAUGCCUACAGGAUGUGGCUAGACUAGGCAACCCCCGAGAAGUAAUCUUGCGCGUCUCUGAGUCUCUAAUGCAUCUUCAGCCGGAGGACGAGGACGAGGAUGAGAAAUUUGAUCAGGGGCUGCCCCUGCACAUCCUACAGUUCAAUUGCCUUCUCGGCAUGCUCUCGGUACUUCACACACGGAUCCAGACAAAUGCUCCAAGUCGAUUCAUAGCAACCUCCCUCCAAGCAGCACUGGAAGCGUAUACCACAAUGGCGACCAAUGAGACCACCCUAGCCUUCCUUGAGUUCUUCCGCGAAGUGUCUCCUUCCAAGCGGCCUGCGCCACCUCCUAGAGCUGCUAGCGAGUCGAGCAUACUGAGGGUUGCCGCUGCCUCAGCCCCAGACCCCGAAGCUGAGGUAUCCUCGCCCUCUCCAUCUACCGAUAACGAGGCCCUACUUGUUCGGAAAUUCAUACAGUUCGGCUUGCUUGAACUGCUGAAGUCAUACCUCUUGAGUUUCUCCAGCCCCAUGGAUCCGGGAAUGUCGUGGACCAUUCGGAUGCAGGAACACCUGCAUCCGGAUCUGCGGCUACCCGCCGCCCAAUCGCAGACUGAGGCAUAUGGAUCGACCAAGGAACUCAAGGAGCGCGAUAUGAUUAUGGGAAAGCUUAUGGCUUUAUCACGAGACGUUGGAAUUGAGAACGAGGAACUCCUGUCAAUCAUAUCCGGAUCCCCGACAGAUCAAACCGCCCAACUUGAUUUCGAUAAACCACCAAUAAACCCCGAUCAAAUUCCGCUAGAACGCCAUGGUUCACUCCUACUAUUAGCGGCUCGGGCUGCAGGCGCAACCCUCUUCGCCACUGGGCAACCGCCCCGUCAGGUAUCUGUCUUCCCUGAGCUGGCUCAGAUAUUUAACAACUUUGUCGGCGGGUACACCAAUCUUGACGAGGUGGCUUUCGGUCAACCCCAUGCGCUUCUCGACUCCCUGCUGGCUUUGACCGUCUACGCUCUGCAACAACCCAUCGAAACCCCGUCAAGCGAUACCGAGUUCAAGGAUUUCGUUGUCAUCUUGACUGCAUGCACAGCACGCCAGAGCCACGGCAUCGUUCGCCAGAUUCCGGCCGCCAUUGUUCAGAGCCACCCAUCGCCUGAGACGCGGUUUAAGCUCAUACACAAGAUCUUGGAAGAUGGCAGUCUUGCCUCGGCGCGGGAUAGCGCUAUCGCAUGGCUGAAGGAUGAACUACUCCGCAGCCCCACCCAAUCUUCCGACAACGUAUUCCAAGAUCCGCUCUACUUCUGGGCUUUAUUCCCGGCACUUUUCAAACCGGUCACUGCCGCCAACUCAGCAUCCGAUCUCGUUGCUAGCUGGUCUCGUCUGACCCAGACUCAAGGUCCACCACUUCAUUCAGCAUUGAAUCUGUACUACUUGCUGCUUUCCUCGCCAUCGCUACGCGACCAGCUUCAUCUCGAGAAGACCGCUAAGUUCUUCCGCGGCCAUGUUCUGACUCCUCUCCGGCAAGUAUUCCGGAGCUUCGAGGAUGAUCUCACCGCCAAGGGAGGCGAGGGUGUCAUUGAAGCUGCAGUUGGAGAGGAAAUGUGCCAGAUUGGCAACGCGCGGUCUGUAGGAAUUAUUGGUCUUACACUAGAUCAAAUUGAGGAGACAUCCAACGAUGCAUUUGGUUCCGAUGAAGGGGAUCUGGGUGAAUUUUCUGAGGCUGAAGAGGCUAAGGUGUCUGAGAUUCGGAAGAAGACUGAUAUCUGGAAAUAA